AUGUCGGACUAUAUUUUUAAGCAAACAGGUCGUAGAUAUAGCCAGCAGGUUAUUUCCUACACUUUAAAAAGAGAUAGUGAUGUUACUAGAAAAAGAGCAAGCAAAAGAUAUUUAGAGCAAAAUUUAGAGAAGGUUAGAAGGUUCCUAGUUGAUAACUAUCAAAUUUUCUCUUCAUCCAACUGUUUAGCCAUGGAUGAGUUUGGCACCAAUCUAGGAGAAGCGCCUCGUUAUGCUUAUUCUCGAAGAGGUUUAAGAGCAAUUGUUCCCCGACCAGGACAAAGAGGUUUUAAUUAUACUCUUUUCCUUUGUGUUAGAAAUGUAGAAAAGCAAUCAGUAGUUAGUCAUAAAUUGAUUAAGAAUGAGAAAGGCAAAAAAAGGAAAGGAACUGAUGCCCUAGAUUUUUAUAAUUUUCUAAAAGGUAUUGAAUUGCCCACUGGUGAACAACAUUAUCUCUUGUUGGACAAUGCUAAAAUUCACUAUACUAGCAAGAAGUUAAGGGAGUUAAGUUUAAGUAUUGAGGAGUUGGCAAGAGAGAAAAACAUUAUUCUUAUCUACUUACCUUCUCAUUCCCCUCAAAUAAACCCUGCUGAACUGUGCUUUAACACUGUCAGACACUUAACCGAAAAGUCUCAAUCUCGAAAUGAUGAAGAGUUAAAUGAUAAUGUUGUUAAAAUAAUAAAUAUACUCAAUCAAAAACCUUUGACUGAAUAUUUUAGACAUUGUCGAGACUAUUUUUCUUUCGACAAAAACGGAAAUUAA